AUGGCCUUCUCAUUCUCGGACCAUACCUUUUAUAACCACCUUCAACACACAGACUCCACGUCAGGCUACUCAUCUCCUCGGUACAGCGACGCUGCUCAAAAUAUGGCAUCGCUGUCUCAACAAGAUGAAAUUUUGCGGCUUGAAGACAUCAUAGAUGUUGAUCUCGCACCUAUGUGUCACGGGUUCGCCCCAAGCGCAGGACGCCGCUGCUACAAUACAGUCGCCAGACAUAACCUCAACACCGCAUUAAGGCUGGUACGCCGGGGUAAUGAACAACUUCUCAAUGGGCAAAACUUAUCCCAGACCCUUGAACAGCUAGCCCCCCUUCUCCUUUGCCGACGCAAUCACCAAUACCAGGCCGCUGAAUUAACCCGGAAAUGGGAAAGGAUGGUCGCCUCUUCAUCAGCACAAUCACAACCUACCUAUACACCCCCUACUCGUCCUACUCCUUCUUCACAACGGCAGCAUAUGAGUUCAUUAGAGCAGCAGGCAGGUCGAACUACCUGGAUGGACCAUGGUGAUUACUCUUGGCCAGAGGUAGAGGAAGAUGAAGAUGAUGAAGAUGAUGAAGAUGAUGAAGAUGAUGAAGAUGAUGAAGAUGAUGAAGAUGAUGAAGAUGAUGAAGAUGAUGAAGAUGAUGAAGAUGAUGAAGAUGAUGAAGAUGAUGAAGAUGAUGAAGAUGAUGAAGAUGAUGAAGAUGAUGAAGAUGAUGAAGAGGAAGAGGAAGAGGAAGAGGAAGAACCUACUGUGGACAGUAAUGAUAUCACCCAGUCGCUUUCAUCGGGUUUGAGUGGUUCUUCUGAGCCCGACCGCAUCGAGCAAGCAAGUGAGGAGCAACCAGAUGAAGCAGAUGUUAACCUGCAGACCAUCAACGCAGAAGAGGAGAAUCUCACGGCAUCUACUCUAUCAGAUAGGGAAAUUCUUGAAGCCAACAGCAUAGAACAGCUAAGCGAAAAGGAACCCGAAAAGACUGAGUCUGAUUCAGAGAACUCUGACACAGAAGAAGAGCACGUACAGGAGGAUAACUCAUCGACCUCAGCCCUCAUACCGGUACCGGAUCUUACCGGGGAAAGGCCUUACCAACCCAUCGUUGGCCAAAUUAUCUAUCCUAGCGCCGACAAUAACGCUAUGAAAACUUACACAGAUGCUGCUACGCAGACUUCGAUGUCGGAUCUACUAUCCUUCCAGAAGCAUACUGAAGAUGAGGACACCGAUAAUGGCUGCUGCUUAGGCCCUCUGGUGCUAAUCUGGCGCAGGGUAUCUGACAGUUUGCCGAAACUUUCUAAGGGUUGA